AUUCCGUAAAUAAAGCCAAAGCUCCAAAGCAAAGCUGUGCUCCAACCAGUCUUCCUCUACUGUGUUUUAGUGUCAACAAAAUUCCCAAAUCGAAGAAGAAAAGCAGAUCAACAAAGCUAUUUGCCCAUUAAUGGCGCUCUCCAUACCUGUUCUAGUCUUAGUCAUCUCCUUUCACCUCAUCGCCUUCGUUCUCGCCGUUGGCGCCGAGCGCCGCCGUAGCACGGCGAAAGUUGUGCCAGAUGAGUAUGACGAGAGGACGUACUGCGUGUACGGAACGGACGCGUCGACGGCGUACGGAUUGUCGGCGUUUGGGCUGCUCCUCAUUAGCCAAACUGUGUUGUACUGCGUUACCAAGUGCCUGUGUUGCGGGAGAGGGAUGAUGGGUGGAAAAUCUACCAGUUGUGCUAUUUUCUUCUUUGUCUUCUCCGUGGUGAGCUUUUUGGGGGCAGAGGCUUGCUUAUUGGCAGGAUCAGCGAGGAAUGCAUACCACACAAAAUACCGGGGAUUUUUCCGUGUUGACCACUUGUCGUGUGCCACACUUCGCAAAGGUGUGUUUGCUGCGGGAGCAGCGCUGACGAUACUGUCAAUGAUUGGCUCCAUUUUCUACUACUGGUCUCAUUCCAAGGCGGACACGGGUGGGUGGCAAAAGCACCAGAACGAAGGACUUGGAAUGACCAUGUCCAGUUUCCCUGAAUCUGGUGAGAGAAAGGGUUGAUCAGUCUAAAAACGAAUUCUGGUCAUUUUGGAUUUUGGAUAGGUAGUGUGUUUUUCAGGACUGUGUGAAGAAAUUUGGCAAACAUCUAGAGAUUGUGCUUGCUACUUAUACCUAUAUGGCGAUAUUAUUAUCCAGUAAUGUAUGUACAAAAGAAAUAUGUACUCCGUAUUAUUUAUAGUUCUGUAUUUGGUAAUGGGGUUCCUAUACCAUUUCACUCUGUUUUUGUGGUUCCUAUUGGGGUUUGGAUCUUCUUGGGGUUGAAAGGAUCCUGGAUCCAGGUCCUCUUAGACUGUGGUUGAGAUGGUGCUACAUUUGUAACUAUCAAUUCUUUGUCAUUUAAUUACUCCUUCCGUCCCA